AUGGUGAAGUUUAGUUAUCACCAGCGGGUCCUUCCUUCUCCUCCGGCCAUCGAUUUCGCCUCCGAUGAAGGCAAGAAGCUCUUCCGCGAAGCCUUCCUAGCUGGGACGAUGGUAGGAUUUUUUAAGUUGAUAUGUUACUUUCAAACGCAAUCAGAGCUUACGUAUUGUGGAUUGGCUAGCCUCGCAAUGGUCUUGAAUGCCCUUCACAUCGACCCCGGAAAGACAUGGAAAGAUCCUUGGAGAUGGUUUCAUGAGUCUAUGUUAGGCUGCCCUGAGCAGCUGGAAAAAGUUAAAGCUGAAGGCAUAUCAUUUUGGGAGGUAGCAAAUCUGGCUCUAGAUUAUGGAGCUGAAGUUGAAGCAUUUCAGACUAGUCAAAUUGAUGUUAAGUUCUUCCGUCGGUCUGUUAAAGAAUGUUCUUCUUCAGAUAAUCGUCACCUGGUCUCAUCCUAUGACAGAGCCACUCUUAAACAGGCAGGAUCUGGCCAUUUUUCACCUAUUGGUGGUUAUCAUGAGGGAAGUGACAUGGUACUGAUAUUGGAUGUUGCACGUUUCAAGUAUCCUCCUCAUUGGGUUCCACUUACUCUCCUCUGGAAAGCCAUGGAUACUGUUGACAAGACAACUCGAGGAACAAGAGGGUUCAUGCUUAUAUCCAAGCCAAAGAGGGACACCGGGCUGCUUUAUACCCUGGUAUGGGCAAUGUUAUGUUAAUCUAUAAGCAGUGUUAAUCAAUAAAUGCAGUGCAGUAAUGUAAUAUGUGCUAUAAUCGCAUAACUUGUAUUUAUUUUUGUUUCUCCUUUUUCCAAAUUGAUUUUUUCAGUCUCAUUUUUUGAAAAUUUUUAGCUCUGUUUCAGCAGUUAUUGUGAUAGAUGCCUUCAUUACAAUACUAAAGAGCUCAAUAUGAUAAUUUAAGAUUUAUAUGUAAAGGAGCCAAUCAUGGUAAAAUCGGUGGCUUUGACAUACUAUAAGCACCGACUUG